AUGAGAGGCGGCGAUCGCUUGGGCGCGCUGCCGGACGAUCUCCUCCUGCGCGUGCUCUCCUUCCUGCCGUCUCGCGAUGCGGUGAAGACGGCCGUGCUCGCCCGCCGCUGGCGCUACCUGUGGAGGUCCACCCCCGCCGUCCGCGUCAACGGAUCAGGCGACGGCUUUCGCCUCUUCGUCAACAGCUUGCUGCUCCACCGUGAUGGCGCCUCCCCGCUACGCUCGUUUGAGAUCAACGCCGACCUGCUGAUAAGCGACGACGACGACGAGUACAGCUAUUUCGACCCUCACGUCGACCUCUGGAUCAGGCACGCUCUGUCGACUUGCCGCGCGCGCUCGCUCACCGUGCGCAUCCCCUUACCUGCCGACCAAGAUAGGUGGUCGCCUAAACCUUUCGCCUCCCCGCACCUGACGACGAUGCGCCUCCAGGGGGUCGAUCUCGACCAUGGCAGCCUCGAUUUCUCCUGCUGCACGAAGCUUCUCCACCUCAGCCUCACUGCCUGCAGCCUCGAUGGCGAUGCCAUCGUGUCGCCCUCGCUGGAGCGCCUCCAUAUCAUGGACUGCGCCUCAGAAUCGCCGAUCAGGAUUUCCACCCCGAGCCUCCGCCAUCUGCAGCUAUCCGGUGACCACGACGGGAUCUGUACUGCACCGUCGUCUCUCGACACCAUGCCUUGCUUAACCAAUGCAACCAUCCAGCUUACUGGCUUCGUCGAGGGCGGCGAUGGUGAUGCCAAUGCCGGCCGCUCUUUGAUUCUCCGUGGAUUAUCGGAAGCCACCAGCCUGGAGCUCAUAGCUACGAGGAGCGAUGGAAGGACAAUCUUCCUAAGGGAUUUGGCAUGGUGCCCUACAUUCCCAAAGUUAAAGACCUUGAUACUUAAUGAGUGGUGUGUGUAUGAUGAUGUAACUGCCAUUGAGUGCCUUCUACGCCACACGCCAAGAUUGGAGAGCCUCAUUCUGCAACUUAAUUUUAAGAACCGCCCUAAACUCCAGGUGGAAGGAGAAGGAAGUGAUAAUACAUCAGAACAGUCUAUUCUUAACUUUGAGCACCUUAAGACAGUGGAGAUCACGAACCAUACACCUUAUUAUUAUGAACGGGUGGUAUAUUUUGACACAAGGAUUGAUGAAGUUUUUAAGCUGUUCAGUGACUUGGGCAUACCUAGCAGUAAGAUCAGUAUCAACUACGAGAAACCUGAAGGUCAGCCAUCUACAUAUCUCAGUUUCUUUCUGCAGUUAUCUAUGUGA